AUGUGUGGAUUAGGGUUAAAUUCUUGUGAUGCUUCAUCUUCCAAACAAAAUCAACUCCCUCUCUCUUCGUGCAGAUGGGCCGAUCAACUUCCAUCAUCGGUGGCUUGUCUCAUCAUGAUCUCAGACUACUCCUUCAUCUUCGUCAGCGGAAACCUUAACCCCAGCGAUCUCCGAUGCUACGCCAUGAGUCAGCAUCUCCUUCGUCUCAUGGAGAAAAUCGUUGUGUUGAUGAGAACUCUGAGAUUCUUUUGGCGAUUCUUCCAAAAACUGGAGAGUGAUCCAAUUUCAGGUUUGGCGAUGAUAAUUUGGAGUAUCAACUGGUCUUGGGUCUUAGGUCCUGUCAACAGUUUUGAUCUUUGGCCAUUUGUUUGCAAAAUGUACUUCUCAAUGUAA